AUGCAUAUGGUCCAGGCCAGCUCUGUCGCCGAUAUCGCCUACUGCAUGAUCCUACUGUUCAGCUCUCUUCGCCUCGGUGAACUGCUCCAUCCGGCCUAUCGAAUGGGCAGUUUGGUGCUAAACACAUCCGCCACCACACCUUGGAUCUACUUCUACGCGGUGCCCGAGUUGCGACCCUUCCUCAGUCGUGUCGAUAUCUCCAGCAAAGCCAACUGGCUAUUUAGCAGCAUUCGCCGUCGGCGUCUAAACGGAAAUUCACAAAUUAGUAGCCCCACUCAACCAGCCAAGACAGCAGAACAGGAAGUGGUAGACGCAUCGCCGACCCUCCACUCAGCAACCGUCGUCACGGGAGUACAAGAGGACAAGAUGGAGCCUACGGACGGAGAGCCGGCUGAUGUUGGCCUGGCGAGAUCGAUCGUUUCGCUUGAUCCGGCAUCCACCGCGAUCGCACGACCCGAAAUUGAGUCGCAGGACUUGCAAGCUACUGAGGAAAUUGAGAUCUUGAGGUCGGAGGCAGAGUACAGAGAACGCCUGAAGAGCAUAACCGACGAGGAAGAAGAUAAACUCAGUGAAAUCGAGGAGAUUAAAGAGGCUGAACAUUCUGAUGGAGAGGAAUUGUGCUAA